GAUGAAUGCCGUGGGUAGCGCGCUCAGUUCCUCCUUUCGCCACAAUGAACGAGAUCGACCAUCGGCAGAUGGAACUUUCAGCGGAUGCACGGUAUUUCGACCCCAGAGCAUGACAGGGCCGCCAAGCCCCUCUCUAUAUUCACGUUCACGGCCAAUGAUAGUCCCAGCCACCGCAUCAUUCGUGAUUCUGCUCUCGCGGGACCCUGUAAAACGGAAAAGAGCAUCGUAAAAGGACGCUCGGGAUCUAUAUCGACGAAGCCAGGUACAUGCAGUCCGAGGAGGGAAAGCCAGGCAUAACGAAACACGUCUUUGGCCGUCGGUGUGACAAGAUAGAGCAAGACAUCCCGGAUGUCUGAGAACAGAAUAGUCGCAUACGGAUCAGAAUCUGCCGCAUCAUCUGUGGCGCGACAAGGCAUAAACUGAGUACCGUCUGAUAUCUGUUCGGAAAAGCAGAAUUUGCGGUAUGGGUCGAGGUCGUCGACCUGAGCUACGGUGGGGUAAGACGGUGGUGGGAUUGUAGGAGAGCCAGCGGAGACCCAGGCAUCCCAGCCUGGCGCAUUUUCCUCCCCGACACGAGGAACUUCGGUCUCCCAAAACUCCUCCAGAGAGUCUAGGCUUUGCUGGAAAGAGGAUCGUCCGAGAGAGGACGGGACAUGGAAUGUUCUGUCUUGUCGAUCAAUGUACAAUACGAGAUGAAGGAAGAAUUCGGCUCACAAUUCAGCUUGCGCUUGAAACAUAGCAGUAGCUCGCUCAGGAAACCCUGGAGGCGGUCAGCACAAUGAUGCAUAUACUAUUUCUACAUACUCACCAGCCUGUUGAAGAGCAACAGCGAGCCGCCAGAAUACACGAAGUUGGCUGAUUUCGUCCCCUUGAAGAGAAGACAGUGCCCGCUUGACGUCGUCCACGAUUGCCGAGAUACCACCUCUGCCUCUGCGGAUCUGACAUUCGAUCCAUUCCAUCCACAAAUCCCCUCCACCAACUUUCUUCAAGGCAUUUUCCCACUCAUAUCGCAAUUUACUCUCAUGCCAGAUGUCUUCGCCCGCUUGUAGAUACUUGAGCCAAAGGAUGCGAGACUGCGGGAUUGCAUCCAGUGCUCGAGUCAGAAUCGAAAUGGAUAUCUCAGCCCGAGCUGUGGACGCGUUCUUGGAUGUAAUCGGGACGGUUGACAAGUUGUGUGACAGUAGCAACAGCCAAUUUGGUACAGAGGUUGGUUCCGCGCCAAGACGUUGAUUUAUCGCCACAGUUGUUAGCUGAUAUUCUGUGUGCUCAAAGCUCCCGUCGUCGGAGUCGGAGGCGUCGGAUGCUCCCGAGUCAGCCGCGGAUUCUGCAUCCGAGUUCGGUUGCGUGUUUUCAAUAUCACGGUAUGAUCUUUCGCGCGGUUUUCGCGAGGGUAGUAGAAUGAUUCCUUCCUCUGCCUGCGUCUCGAUCCUUGACGACGGGGGUUGCGUUGGAUGCAAUAAACUGCGGACUGGGUUACGAAACAGCAGAGCGCGUGAGGACGGGUCUGUGAGACUAGGCAUCUGCAGUGCAAUGAAUCUUUCCGAAUACAUCCGGAAUGGACUUGAAGCACCUUACGUUUCCCUGGAGGACCGAUUUCCAUCCCAUGUCCACUACGGUAGACGGUCAUCGAGCCCGUGACGCCUAAAACCACCUUCUCUCCGCGAUAUUUCGGAACCUCCCGCCUAUUCAGACCCAUCGUAAGAUUACUUGGGUCUCCUCGUCGGUCUGAGUAGAACAACGGGGGUGUCGAGUCCCAAGAAAGCACGAUGUCCUCGGCGCGCUCGCGUUUCGCAUCAUCGCGUACGGGGUCGAGAUCGAGGUCUUUAUCACGUCUCCUUCGUUUCCCUUUUCUGCUCUUUUUCUCGUUAUCGCUGUUCUUGACUUCGCCGGAGGAAUUUGAAGGUAGCGCUGGGAACGAUGAGAAGGACGGAACUGGUAACAUGGCCACCACUGAUCGGUUUGAGCUCGGGAAGAUGGAUUUGUCAUCGACUUUGACAGCUGUCAAUGAAUAUAAAUCUUGCUUUGCGUUCAACCCACAUACAAUCUACGCAACCCCUUCCCUGUUCACGCUAAACUCGUCUGCAAACGAAUUAAAAAUGCGUCCCUUGACGGAGGAGGAGUCCCGAGCCGUGUUUGAGAAGUUGGCCAACUACAUCGGCAAAAACUUGAUUCAUCUCAUCGAUAGACCGGAUGGCGCGUACUGCUUUCGGCUUCAAAAGGACAAGGUGUACUAUGUUUCGGAGGAGACUAUGCGACUGGGAAUAUCCGUCGCACGACCAAAUCUCGUCUCGCUCGGCACUUGUUUUGGCAAGUUCAGUAAAUCGGGAAAGUUCAAGCUGCAUAUAACGGCCCUCGACCAAAUAUCCAAGUACGCCAAAUUCAAGGUUUGGAUCAAACCGAACGGCGAGAUGCCCUUUUUGUAUGGAAACCAUGUGUUAAAAGCCCACCUGGGUCGUAUCACGGAGGACACACCCGAACAUCAGGGAGUCGUCGUGUACAGCAUGAACGACAUGCCAUUGGGUUUUGGUGUGACGGCGCGAGCUACGGUCGACACGAGAAAAUUAGACCCAACGUCUAUCAUUGUCUUCCACCAAGCCGAUGUGGGCGAGUACCUUCGAGACGAGGAAACCCUCUUUUGAUGGUGCUGCUUCUCUUUGGGCAUCUGUCGUACAUUACGCCGUCCGCCGGACCUGAAGUGCUCAGCUGGCAGGUUAAUCAUUUCUUUUGCUGUGUGUAGGGAAUGGGAUUCACCGAGUCCACUGGCUGGUCGCUGCUGGUACAGCCGAAGUCGAGCAGGUCUGAGACGAUCCAGUAGCACUGGUAGCACUAGAAACAAGUACUGCUUGCAGUCACUGUGGAAAUAUUGAUGAUGCGAUCACCAGUCGCAUACUUGACAUCACGAACUCUUAUUCCGCUAUUUUGCGAUGCUUUUGGCGCAGGAGUGGACUGACUUGCGGGACGAGGAAAUCACUUUGGACUGCAUCCAAAGGACGCUCGAACCUCUCGAAGACGACCUCUGGGUUGCCACCGCUUGUCUGGACCGGGUGGUUGAUGACACGACUAUCCAACGUUCACUACUCGACCUCGGCCUUGAGAGGACGGUCUCCGCUGCGCAACGGUCCCAGGCGUCGACUGUAGUUGAUGCCGAAUCUACGCCUUUCGAUGACGCGCUCACGUCCCACUUCAAUCAACUUCCGGCUGACGCGCGCCUGUGUGCCAUCCGGAUUGUUCUGCUCCACCGCCUCGACCGUCUCAACACGUAUGUGGAGAUAUGCAAACUGGGUCCGGGAAACCUUGCUGGAAAUGAGGAACAGGGGGAGGAAGACGCUUGGGAGGACGCGUGGGGAGAGCCUUCAUCGCCGACUGACGUGGAGGAAUCCGCGCCGUUGACUCUCCCUCAAUUUCUCCUGGAUCCGCUUGUUCACUCUGCUUGCACAUUGGCGACGCGACAGUGGCUCUCUGCAGUCAAAUGCUUGUUUGGGCGACAUACGUCAUCCAUAUGGGCGCACCGUUUGACGAUUUUACAAUGUAUACCCGACCACGUGGACCCCUCCUUGUUCCGCGACCUUCUCCCCGCCACUGAAACCGGAAAUCCCCAGGAGAGGGUAUCUGUAAAGACGCCGUGGAGGAAUGAAGCUGACUGGGUUGAGAAUGCGGUGGUGCAUGCAGUCCUGAACGGUCUGGAGAUGGACGUCCUUGCAGCUGAAGCCCAGGAGAGCGCAGAGUCUGCUGAAACCGUUCUGGAUGUGGAUUCUCUGAGCGCCUGGUACCAGGAGCGUAUCCGCAAUGUCAUAUCCUCCACUGGGAUGAUUGACAUUGCCCUGAGCUUGGUCCAACAUGCCGCCUCGCAGGGAGUUCCAGGACUGGACGAAAUGGGCGAGGACCUGAGUCUGCUGGCCCGGCUGGUCUACGAUGCACCACAAGGGCAAGAGGAAGACGAUUGGACUUUGGACCGGUGGCAUGCCAUGGACGAGCAUGCUGUCCUUUGUGCAUAUCUGGCCCACUCGACGGCUGAGACCCUGGCAAGAGACAUCUGGCGUUUGGUCAUGCCAUAUCUUUUUGUUUUGGAGUCGAGGGCUGAACGCUCGGGCCGCCCGGACCCACACAUUCGAACGCGGAUCCUAUACGACUACAUUCUCAGUGUGCCGCUAGAGACCUGCGCCACGAUCUUUGAGGCAUCGAAACCGAUUCUGCCCACCGCACAACGUAUUGUCCAGAACGAUGAAGACAUGGCCCGCAUAGCAUUGGCAUGUUUGUACGGGAGCAGCAGUCUUGACGAGUGGACGACGAUGAAUCGAAUAUUCGAAUGUUUGCCCGCAUGGGAUAUCGCUGCGGACGCUGAGGAGGAUGUCGCCGACACGACGAUUGCAUCUCUCGGCGCCUUCGUUGUGCCGUCGACCACGCGACCUCAAUGCACACCGUCAGACCUCCUGCUGUUCUUCCAGCCUCUGCCACUGACCUCUCUGUCACGUGCGCUCGACAUACUGGACGUCCAUCUCGAGUCGGGCGAGAUCCUGUCACGAUGGAGCGUUCCUGCACCCUUGCGAUGGUUCCUUCAGAGCAGCUCAGACGUGGCAGAACAGCGCGCCUGGGCUAACAGAAUGGCAAGAAGGGCUGGCGGGUCCGAUGACAAGUUGACGUCGUUGGAUGACUGGGAAUGGCUGCUGGAAGACAUGCUCAAGCUAACUGGCAAGGGCGAUAAUGGCUUAAACGGUGCAUUUGGGCUGUUGACGCAAGACGAAGUCCUGCGGAUCUUCCUCAGCGGGCUCCUGAGCACAGGCAAUUUCAGCAUUGCCCGUAACCUGCUUAACUCGCCGAAAAACAAGCUUACGCUCGGCAAUGAAGUCUUGGAGGACAUCUGUUUGGCCUGUUCACACGAAUUGUAUGACAAUUCGAGCUCCGGAAACUACACUUUCGGAGAUAUGAAACUGGCGUACGACUGUCUGGACGUGCCUCCGCCAUCAGACCGACUUCUGAGGGAGAAGGAAUUCAUCGAGGCUACUUCCCGGCUUGCAUCAUUCAAUGUCAAAUCAGCGCCUAUCGAAAUCCGAUUGACCAAAGAUCGGUUGUCCUUGGUUUCACAUGUGCUUUCCAGCAACAGCGAGGCUUACAAACACACCGAAGUCGUCCUAGAACUGGUCCACAAGCUGGGUUUCCGGGACAACGCUGUUGCGGAAGUCAAGACGCUGGCCAUGCUCACGGACACUGCCCUGCAAGCCGAGGACUUUUCACGCGCAUUCGAGACCAGCCAGAGGAUGGUCAACACUGUAUUCUCGCUCCGGGAAGCCCAUCCGAACUUGCACAGUUCCGAGGUCCAGGAGGCGAGCGAGGUCUGCUGGGUCACAUGUUUCCAGCUUGCCAGGCAUCCGGAAUUCGACGAGCUGGACAAGAAACUCACCCUAUUUGGUCUUGCGCUUGAGCUCUGCCCGGCGGACAAAUUGCAUGAUGUGCUGGGAUCUUGGAGGCGUCUGGAGAAUGAGUCGAUCCAGGUCCGAGAAGAGCAACUCUCAAACGGCCCUGGAAACAAAACCAAAAUCACCAAACGGCCAACCAAUGCUGGUGUCUCACUUAGGUCGCGUCUGCAAGACUUCCAGAUGCCUUCUCCGGCACUGCUUAACACUCCCGACGCAGCCGCCCUGGCUAGCAGAACAUUCCGUACGGUGGCGGCAAAUUUCCCAUUCGGCCGUGGCCGUUCACAAUUCCCUAACCAUGAAGGAGAGAGGUCUAGUAGUGGCAGCCGGCGAGGGGGGGAGUCGGACGAGAUCUCAGCCCAGGCCAGUCGUGUGCUCUCCAAAGGGAUAGGAUGGCUCAUCGGCGCGGACGAGGAUUAGUUUUGAUCACCGAUCAUUGAUCAGUGGCGGUACUGUGCAUGUAGCCAUAUUUGUUGAUCGCUUUGAGGUCUGUUCCUCACACUCCCUUUCGUUCUUCGUGUCAAUGCCACAUCGGAACCCAAACAGACAAGCCAGGCUCCACUGCGGUCGCAAGUUGAAUGCGGGUACCGGUGCCUUAUCUGCCAGCACUCAAACCCAGCAGCAUCUGUGAUGAAAUUGAAUGUCGCCAUGAAACACCAAUAUCAACCGGAACAUGUACGGCUCAAGGAAGCGAGAUCUCAGCGCAAAACUCGCACCAAUACACCCGCUCGAUCCGCCAACCCGAAUGGCCGCCACAAUCAAUUGGGAAAUCAAUUUGCCUGCACUGCACCCUUCACGGUAAGACUCGGCGCGUGGGCGCCUUUAAACGCUCCCGAAGGCAGGUCUCGCACUGUCAAGAGAACAAUUCGCGGUCCAGCUGGCGCAGGAACAUCAGUUUCCUCCACAUCGCUCCAUGCUCGACAUGGUUCCGUAUCGGAUACAGUGUGUCGAUUCCGCCUGGCAUGGAGAAGAAAUGCGUUUGCACCCUUUUCUCGAUGCGAGCUACAAGCAGGCUGCGGCGCAUCGUGAGAAGUCGAGCCUACUGACUGCCGCCGAGACUUGGAAUCAGACGUGGGCUCCAAGCGCGGACCUGGAUUACGACCGAUGGGGUGCGCCGCCGCGGUCGCUGAGUCUGAUGACCUGAGAUCCUCCACCUCCAAAUUCCAUAGUGGUAUUCGGGGUCCACGGUCACUGACAUCGGCCUUUGAAUUUGUUGAACACGUCGCAAGUAAACAGGCCAUACACGAUCACGCUCGGAAACAACGAAUGGAUUCCUUUUUCAAGGUUCGUUUCGAAGUAAGUUGGACCUCUGGAGACAUAUCGCUCAGUUAUCGACUCAGCUCUCGACCCACGACCAAGUCCGAGAGAUCACACAACUGGUCCAUGAUUUGCGUACCAUGACUUGAUUAGCACGCGUCGUCAGCAAGCCUCCAAAAUGAGAUGAUAUCGAUUUCUCCAAUCCAAUGCUAAAUGUAGUCUAAGUAUGCGAUAUUACAUGCGAUAGGUAUUCCUCCGGGGUACAUAUACAAUGACGGCGUCUGCUCCAGUAUUUCACGAGAGGGCAUAUCUCAAGUGGUCAGAGAGAGCAUGCUCGUUCUUGGAAUGUCGUUUAGCGUGUAUCGGCCGGCCCUCUGAAUGGAUCUGUGCACAAGUCAACCUCGAAACGCUAGUUGAAACUCGAAAAACUCACCGGCAAUUGCUCGAGUGUCGUGCCAGAAGAUGGUUUCUUCCAUAAAACAGACCCAUUUUCCAGCCCAUACAUCAGCCGCAGGGCCGAUAGCCCUGGAUACACCCGCUCCAACUCAGACUUCAGCCGCCCAAAACAAGUUAUCACAUCUUCAGCUUCUUCCACCGGCGGAACCCAAAGAUUGUAUCGAUCCUUCCCCUCGAUACGCAUCCGGAACAGCCGCAUACUUGUCUUGGGAGACGAGUGUGCCAGGAGACCAAGCAGAUCCGUCGCCGAAACAGCCGGAUCAUUGAUACUCAAGCUGCGCAGAGCCGGAAACACACGAUGGACCGAACGCAAGAACGUAGCAGGCAUCGGCCCGUCUACACGGAAUGACAGAUACUCGACUCGUGCGACGCUCAGAGGAGAUGCGCGCAGGGAGCGAAACGUCCGCGUCAGCCGGUGUGCCUUGGCAGGAGUACUGAUCUCAAUCGUCGCGACCAGACCAGUGCUCGCGAAAAGCAAUGCAAAGUUCCGCGGCCCACGGUAGAAUUUGAGAUUUGGCAGCAGGGUUGGCGGGAACGCCGUGGGGACACCCGUUCGCGGGACUUGUCCAUCAGCGCCAACGUGGAUGACCAUGCGCUCGACGGCAGGGCAUUGUGCCAACGCAGUUGCGAUCUGAGGUGAGGUAAGCGCCAGGGCCGGCAGCUCAAGGUACUUGAGUUUGCCGAAGCGCCCGCUGUCACUGAGUGCGGGAGCGAUGUCAUUCGUCAACGCAAUUAGACGGCGGAGGCGCGCAGGGGACAGGAUGAUACUGAAAUCAGUGCAAGAUGUCUCGGGUGACCGGACCGUGACCUGGGAGAGCGCCAGGGGAGACAGUCCGACCAUCUCGUCUGUGACACAUGAGUCCAGGCUUAGGCCUGACAGUUGUGGCAAGGCGUGGAGGAUGGUUAAGCGCGCGACGGUCAAGCGAACCGUACGACACUCUAACGUGCGCAAGUUAGGAAACUUGCGCAGACUGUCGAAGGCAGCGUCGAGGACAUCGUCCCGGGAUCCGAUAGACGUCUCCGCAUCCUCUUCGGCGGCAGGGGGAUAGAUCAAACAUUCCCUGACGGCCGGCGCCACCCCCGGGGAGGUGAAAAAGUCGAGCCUCUGAGCUGCUUUCUUUCGGGACUUGUUGGCAGUGUACCGCAGCGCCAGUGGAGGAAGCGCUGUAUGCGAAAAGUUCGGGUAGAUGGCAAUCCGUGUAAACAGGAGCGGCUGCGCAAGGACUCGGAAGGUAUCACAAACGAGCGAGACAGACUUGAGAUCGGCGGAAGAGGACGAGAGGUGAGAGAAGACUUGGAGCCACAGUUCUGGCGGAAUGAGUAGAAGGAGCUUUGAUGCCGUGUCCAUGCCCUCGUUUCGACGUCUUCUGCCACCGAAUCUAGCGUUCCGGGCCUUGUCGACUACAUGGCUGAGGUGAUUUUUCAUGCCUUGCGGAAGGGAGCGUAGAGGAGAGCGAAAGGCUUUGGGGACGGGUAAGCGGCGUCGCCACUUUCCUGUCCGCCUGGUAUAUAUAACAGCGUAGAUGGGAACACCCUGAAGCGCUGUCAGGGGUCAACCAAAAGAUUGGCAGGCCACCUGAUUCAGCCGAUCACUCCAAAGAUAGUGCAUGAGUAGCUUUAGCUCAGUUGCAGUCUUGUGUGGCGGUUUAGACAUCCAGGCAGUGUUUCGAGCGAUGCAUAUAUGGGUUUCGCUCACACUCGGUCACGGUCAAGCUCCAAUCAGCUCUCCCACCUUGCACAGCCCUCAGACAGCACAUGAUCGCGCCAAGAAUUGCUGUUGAGGUCAUACUUAUCUUUCACACACCCAUACGCCCACUCUUUCUCUCUACCAUCAUCUGGAUGUCUUCUAAGGAUUCAAGACCUCUUCCUUACGGCUGGAUCAGCCAGGAACACAACGGAAAUGUGUUCUACGUCGAUACAAAGGCAACACCACCACGCUCCAUCUGGACUCAUCCACUCGACGACGAGCAAUAUCUCAAAGAGCAUCCCGAUGCCCGAGAGAAAGCUAAAGUCGAUGUUUACUCUCCACCACCACCACCAGAGUACAGUUCACCACCCGCCUCCGGAUCCGCAGCAUCUUCGUCGACUAACCGGGUCUCUGGAGCCAAACCUGAGAAACGUGGUUUCUUCGGUAAGAUAAAGGAUGCCACAGUCGGAACCAAAGAAGAACGGGAACAAGAGAAGCGACACAAGGAGGAGCAACGUCGCCAAUUGAUGCAGCUUCGUGAACGGCAGCAUCAAGAGGCAAUGAGGCAACAGGCUGAGAUGUAUCAGCAACAACAGCUGAGAUAUCAGCAGCAGCCGCAAUGGGGUGGGAUGCCCGGGCCUUACCCCGUUCAACAACAGCAGCGUGCUGGAUUCGGGGGAGGUGGAUUGGGAGGAGGCGGUAUGGCACUUCCGUUGCUUGGUGGAUUGGCCGGUGGAAUGCUACUGGGCGACAUGAUGUCGGGUGGUUUCGGUGAAUACAUUCUUAUUUAUCUAACCACACGGACGACCUCUCUUACAUCCGUUCCCCAUAAAUCGUUCAACUUGAGAUUCUCGGACUUGGAGGAUAUCGAAACUGCAACCCGUGAGGACGAGGACCAGCGCGCAGAACGAACCUUGGACUGGAUUGGCGCUCGUAUCAGUAAACGGUGUUCUCAAUGGCUUCAGGAUAUCGAUAAGCUAGAGAAGGAACCCUCCAAAACACCCUGGUGGGAUGAAUUGAGGCGUUGUGCGGAAGGCGACUCUGUUCCCAUAAAACAAGAGGGCUGGAAUCAUCCCGUUGCGAUCAUCCUGGCUGUUUCCACCACCGCACCAAACCCUCUCCAAGCUAUAACGGCUCUGCAUGCGCGCGCCAUCGAGCUACCUGCUUGGGUUGAUCCAAUCUACAUUCGAUACACAUUGAUCGUGCAUCCGGAGAAUUCGCCUUUCUCGGAGGAAGAGGCGGGUGCACUGUUCAAUGCUGUGAAGAAACAGUUUGGGCUUCAUAGCUACAUCCUCCCUCUCUCUUUGCCUAGUCCUCGGCCAUCACCUGUGCCUAUCCCAGCUCUGAUGCCGAGCUUACCUCCGCCUCCUACUUCGGAGUCUCUACAAGCUGGGUCUGAUCCCGCUGACCCCCCAUCGCCCACUGUACCACCCAUCAACACUCUGCGCAUGAGCGAAGGAGACAUCCAACAAACGGCUCGAUUCACACGCGAAUUUGUUGUCAUGAGUCUCAUUCCAUGGAUGGAAAGAUGUGUUGUAGAGUGGAGUGAGACUUUCACUUCCAAUAGACGGCUCCCGUCGCGUCUCUUUUCAUCGACCAGACGGCUUUUUGGCUCUCCUUCCCCAUCUCCAGCUCCAACACACACAUCCUCUGGAUCCAUAUCGCGGUCGAGCCCAUUGAACGGGGCGUCUCCUCUUCCCAGCAUGACUCCAUCAACGACUCUACCGACGCAUCGUCGUUUGGCUGAGUUUGCGACCAUUCUGGGUGAUGUGAAGUUGGCCGUCACUGUAUGGGAGGCUUUGCGGAAGGAAAGCAAGGGCGGAUCGGAUAUGCUACCGAUGUUGCUGGCGCCCUCCCCAACGUUGCCAUUACAUGCCGGCAAUGCGUUGACGGCACUCAUGUCCUCUCCAGAACCGACAGCGCAAGCCCAGAUACGUGCCUUGAUCUACGCAGUCCGCUGGGAAACAGGCAUCCCGAGCUCCGAGUUCUUGUCCGAUGCCCUGGAAGGGGAUCGCUGGCUGGUUUGGGCUGCAGGCAAGUCAGAAGAAGCAUCUUCAGCGUUGUUAUUAGGACAUGCUGCACUUCUCAGUGCGCGGAGAUCCGCUACUCGUCGCGCAGCUCUGUGGUAUCUAUCAGCGGCAAACAGACUGGAAAAGUGCGGAAUUAAACCGUUGACCAUGUAUUUUCUUCGCAAGGCUCAGCAGCUGUACCAACUUCGAACGCCAAAGGAACUUUCUCCCUCAUUCUGGGAUUCGGAAGGUCGUUUUCCAGAAGAGGAAGCAGGUUUCGACGCUAUUCUACCUGGAAUAGAGCAUCCUCUGGGACGGCUGCUCUAUACCACAGGAGAUGUCGCUGGUGCUGUCGGACUGUUCUUGGGUCUGUUCCGGGACUCCUUGCCUCGCAUUACGUCCGAAGCAGAGGGCGCCGGCACCGACAAAAUGUUUCUCGAUGACUUCAGAGUUGCGUUUGCUCACUUUCAAUCGACAUUCCCGAAUCACCAAGCUCUUGAUCUCACGAUGCCAUUCGCACUUUGCGUCAAGAAGCGCACACGGCUUCGGCUUGCCCGUGACACUGCAUCAGAAUCUGAUCACUGGCAGCCCUUUGAGGAUCGCUGGGACGCAUUUUGGAAGAGCGGCGGCCAAAGUGAGCGACUAGAAAAGCCGAGCAGAGUCGGUGUCAAUGAAAUAUUCCACGUGGAGGUCGUCUUACGCAACCCGUUGGACACAGAAGUGAAUUUGUCCAGUCUCACGGUUCUCGCAGAAGAGGCUUCGGGAUCAACUGAGGCCUGUCUUGAAAUCGAGACAUCGGAUGACAUCGUACUUGCGCCCAAAGAAUCACGCACUGUCGCCAUCUCCGUCAAGGCUUUACGAGCUACGACUGUAACGAUCACAGAUGUGGCAUAUACCUUCCUGUCUCUGCUGCCGGUCCGAGAGCCGCUAGCUAUGCGAGGAGCGAGAUUGCAGAACACCCCGGCUCAGCGACAGUACCCGACCUACGCACCCGACGUACUACUCAAGGUUGAUGUUGUCGAGGCUGCCCACCAAUUACGAGCCAGUUUUGUGGACGAUCUGCAGCUAAAUUUGUAUCACGGAGAAACCCGACCUUUGCGGGUGUUGCUGGAAAAUUGCGGCAGCAAACCUAUCGGACAAAUGUGGCUUCUCGUCGGGGAAGAGGAUGCCAUCUGGCUCGAAUCAGGCUCUAGCGGAGAGAUCAGCAACGUCGCGCGGUCAGACAACUCGGUUGCUCUUCCGGAACCGCAGGCCAUUGCUAUCGGACAGUCAGGAUUGCAGCCCGGUGAUCGUGUCGAAGUCGACCUGCUGCUCCAUGCCAACCGUUCGGGCGAGCAAGAGCUGUCGCUGCUGUUCGUUUUCCGGGAGGACGCCGGCCUAUCUUUCCAUUCGGCCGGUCUGGUCCGGCGUUUCGAUGUGCAGCCUAUCCUGGACGUCAGCGUCACUUCUAUCCCAUGCCGCAACCCCCAACAUCUGUUCUCGAUGGACGUACAGCUGAGCAAUGUCUGCACGCGUCCGAUCCAAGUCACGCAGGUGAUGACGCCUAGUCCCGGCUGGAGAUGCGAUCCUCUGCAAGAGACAUCAUUGCAAUCAUGUCGAAUCCACUUUGGUGUCAACCGGUGGGAAGACGGCAGUGGAUCCGCAGAAACAUUCGAAUUCGUCAAGAAUGGCUUGCGCAACGUGCUGCUUGGCACCAGGGCUCAAUCAACUGCUCCGCCGAUUGAUGUCCUCUACACAAGCCCUCCUCUGCCGGCUCAGAGAUAUUUCCACGAGUGCAGUCGCCGCAAUCACACGCUACGGCAGAUAGCAGCCAACCUUCCACAUAUCCCUUCCAGAUCAUUCCCAGAUGUUUUCCCGCUUUACAAUCCCCACUGCGUCGACGUUAUCGUGCACUGGGAAAUCCCUGCUCAAGAGCGUUCGGGUCACGUGUUUGUUCCCGGCGUCACACUCGGUGCCGGCCAUGCUCCCCUGCGCGAAAUCCUGCAAGAGGCCGAGAACACAAAAGUCACGCGCAGCAUGUAUGCUGAAACACAGCGCGAGAGGACGGAGGUCGUGCAAGCAAUCGAGCGCAGCGAGUGGAACUCAGAGAUGAACCCACACAUCCUGUCUAUCGGCCAGCGCCUUCUCUCGCAUGAUUUCUCAAAAGGACUAUCGCAAGUGCCGAUAGAUCUCACUGUCAGAAACUACUCGCCAUUUAACCAUUCGCGGUUUGUUCUGCGACUUAAGAAAGAACGCUCUGCGUUAGUUCUUCCCUCUUCCCUUUGCUUCGAACGGCCCGCUGAAGAGACAACUAGAGAGAAUCCUGUGCCAGACUAUUCCGGGCGUGUGACCUUCCGAGGCACAUUGGGACCUCUCGAAGCGACGACAUUGACUCCGCGAAUGUGGAUCGACCGCCCCGGAUCAUACUCGCUUGACGGCUGGGAGCUUGACACAGAGGUCGUGGAGGUUGACAAUGAAGUGGUCCGCCUUAGAUAUCAACAAACGCCACAAUUAGGAUCUCUCGUAGUCUCGGAUCUUCGCGCCAGUUGA